UAUGUCAAGAAGGAAAAGAACAGUUGAUACUGAAAACAAUGCUAAUAAUAGAAAGAAAACAAAACCAAACACUAAGGAACCUAUUGUCUAUAGAGCCAACACACCACCUGUCACAGACCCUUCUGUUAUAUUACCUGUGAAUGUUGAUAAAGUGAUCUAUGGUUCAUUUGAGAUAGGAGCAUGGUAUUAUUCACCUUAUCCAUUUGAUUUUGGCAAUCAUAUAGAUCGACUUUAUAUAUGUGAAUACUGUUUAAAAUACAUGAAUAAGGAAAUACAGCUUAUGAAUCAUAAAGCACAAUGUAAAGCAAAGAAGCCACCUGGCAGAGUGAUUUAUGCUAAUGAUAAAAACAAAAUUUAUGAAAUUGACGGUUAUGAGCACAAAUUAUACUGUCAAAAUUUGUGCUUAUUAGCAAAACUUUUUUUGGACAACAAGACAUUGUACUAUGAUACAGACGGAUUCAAGUUCUAUGUAUUGACCGAACGCCAUAUCCAACAUAAAUCAAUAGAGACCAUGGUAGGCUAUUUUUCCAAGGAAAAAACAUCCUACGAUAAUUAUAAUUUAGCAUGUAUUAUGACAUUACCUUCACAUCAAAGAAAAGGCUAUGGUAGACUAUUGAUAGAAUUAAGUUAUGAAUUAUCAAAACAUGAAGGCAAAAUCGGAUCUCCUGAGAAACCUCUUUCUCCUCUAGGUCGAUUAGGCUACCAGUCUUAUUGGUCUUUUGCUAUCGUGUCUACAUUACUGCAUCUUCGUGGUGAUGUGACUAUUGAAGAGAUCUGUAAAGAAACAUGCAUUCAUGAAGAAGAUGUAGUAGACACACUAUCCAAAUUGAAUUUACUCUGUUAUCGCAAAAUGGACAAAGGACACCAGCAUAUCUGCAUUACAGAUCAAAUGCUACAAGACACAUUAAGCCAUGUUAAGCUGGAUCGUGCAUUGGAUCCAUCUCACAUUCGUUGGAAAUAAAUUAAAACUACGCAUCGAGUAAAAAAAAAGAAAAAGAAAAAAACAGAUCCUAGUUCUUCCCUUCUUU